AUGGCAGACCUCAAUACUGUAGAAGCACCUCCUGUGAAAAAGAAGUUCUCGCUGUUCAAAAAAAAGUUAACCCAGUCGCCAGCUCCAAAUAUUAAACCGGGUCAAAAUCAUACGGAUGCUUUUAGUCGCGCGAAAGAUCUCUUUCCGUUACAUGUUAAGGAGAAGGAAAUUAAGAGAGAAAAGAAAGCUGCAACUUCAGAGAGAAAACGUUCCUCGCAGAGUAGGGAGAAAUCAUCUUCGAGUCCGAGGUUGGAGAAGAGGAGAAAAGUCGGGGAUGAGGAUGUGAAGGUGGAUGUGAAUGAUUUGGGUAGUGAGACGGAAGAUGAGGAAUUGAGGGCUAGGGAAUCUUCAUUAUCUACUCCUGAUAGUAGCAAGUCACAAAUAAGAUCCUCGCAACAAAAGCGUCGGUCGCCUGCGAGUUUGAUGGGUCGUUUUGCGAAAGAUGUACAAAAGAAAAGGAACAAGAGUGGGGAUAGUAAAGCUGUUACAAAGGGUUAUAUAUCACUGAGCGAUAGCGAAACCGAGGAUACCGUGCCUGUUAGGCAAACUAUAAGCAGGAGUUCCUCUCCGGUUGUAGCGUCGGCCAACCCGACAUCUAUUAUUGACGAUGACGAUGAAGAUGCGUUCUCUGAGGAGGAGUUUCCGGAAUUAUUAGCAAAGGCUCGAGAGAAUAAACGGCUUGCAGAUUUAGCGCAACAGAGAAGUAAUGCCGAAUGGGCAAAUAGGAAUCAUGAGCCAGACCGGAGUGCCGCAGACGACGACGUCUUCCAGGAUAAACGAAAAGGGGAACCAGUUCUAGAAAUCUUCAUCUCAUCUCGACUUGAAAAUACCAAGAAUUUAGUUAUCAAGAGGAAACUACAUCAACGAUUACGAGAAGUUCGACAAGCUUGGUGCGACAAACAACAAUGGGAUGGAGUACCCAUGCCAGAAGAAUUAAAAGAUGCCAUAUUACUCACAUGGAGAAAUAAGAGAUUAUUCGACUCUAUGACAUGCGCAUCACUAAAUUUGGACUUCAAUACAAACGGCGAUCUCGAUAGCACAGGCGAUGGAUUCAACAGCGGUAGAAUCCACAUGGAAGCAUGGACCAAUGAUCUCUGGGAUGAAUGUUGUAAAGCAGCCUCCGCGGAAGAAAUCAGCGACGAUGAGGAAGAAGCCGUUGAAGUUGUUCCGGAACCAAUAACUAAGAUGCGAUUAAUACUCAAGGCGCAAUCGAAGGACAUCAAGGAAUUCAAAACAUAUGUGAAAGCUACGACGACGGUUCAGAAAUUGGUAGAUGGCUUUAGGAGUAUGAAUAGAAUUCCGGCGGAGAAGAAAAUUAUUCUCAGCUUUGAUGGUGAUCAGUUGGAUGUGGAGUCUACGGUUGAAGAAGCAGGUUUUGAUGAUAUGGACACGGUGGAUGUGUUGAUUAGAUGA